UUCCGACGACCAAUUUCUCUCUUGUAUACAGGGUUGCGCAGUUACAUGUAACUCAGAGUUUUCGUCGUAAUAUACGUCAAAAACGUAAUAUACGUAAAAAAUGUAAAAAACGUAAAAAACUUAUCCAAGAUGGCGGAUGUAAUAUAAACAUUAUAACCUUACUUUUUUAUGAAAAUUGAUGUCAGUAAAUGUGUUUCUUAUUAUUUAUUAAUAUGAAUAAUUUAACAAAAAGAAGUGUAAAAGGAGGACAAAUUCCAUGGCAAGAGUUAAACUUUGAACGACAGAAAGUUGGGACAAAAGCUGUCUCUAAAUGCUUAAUUUGUUUCCAAAUUUUUCAAAAUACCAGCUACGAUCGUCUCCUGACACACCGAAACGUUUGUAAAGGAAAAAAGGCUUCAAACAACGAUGAUGAUAAUAACAAAGUUGCUAACGAAAAUCAGGACAGUUCAGAAGUACCAUUCAAAAGACGUAAAGGAAAUUGUGAUUCUGAUAUUGAUAGUACUCCAUCAUGUUCAUCUAGUACUUUAUCAGAACUGGAUGAACUAUUAGCAACGUUUUUUGUAGGAUGCAAUGUACCAUUCUCCGUUGUAGAAUCAACAUUUUUUCGUAACUUUGUAAAAAAAUUGAACCCCGAUUAUAGACCGCCGUGUAGAAAUACGUUAAGUAACACAAUUUUAGAUAAAUUAUAUGUAAAAGUGCGAAAAGAAAAUUCUCUCUCUGUCAGCGAUUCCAGUGUACUUAUUUUAGAUGGCUGGAAAAAUAAAUCAAAAAACGAAAAAUAUGUAGCAAGCAUACUACAUAAUGCUACUGGAGAACGAGUAUUCUUAGACAGCUGGGAUUUCACUCAAGAAAGGGAAACUGGUGUGGCUUUAAAAUGGGUUGUAGAAGAAGCUACUAAACAAGCUAAAGAAAAUUAUCAAACAGAUAUUUAUGCUGUUGUAUCAGAUAAUGCCUCUAAUAUGACGUUGAUGGGCAAAUUAAUAGACCAGUGGUUUAUUACAUGCAAUAGCCACAGCGGCAACUUAUUGGCUAAAGCUUUAAUAGACGAUUCUUUUAGUAAAAAAGCCAUUCCAACUUUAAAAGAAUUUAAAUCGCCUGCAUUAGAAAAAGAAAUUGUUAAACGAGGUGGAAUAAAAAUUUGUCUCCCUGGAGAAACACGCUGGUGCAGUUAUCGUGACAGUUUGCGUUGCUUCCUUCGAAAUUUAGUAAUAAUGCGAGCCAUUGUUCAAGAAAAACAAUUUCAAAUUUCAAAGGAAUCAAUCACUUUAAUUUUAGACGGCGAAUUCGAACAAGAAUUGUUAAAAUUUAUUAUAAUUUUUGACGUGGUAUGCACUUUAAUAAAUAAAUUACAAAGCGAUAAAAGUAAUAUAGCAGAUGCUAUAGAACAUUGGCUGUCUCUAAAAUUUCCUAUUUGCGAGGACAAAUAUGAAUUGUUACUUAAAGCUCGCCUAGGAAAGGUAAUUAGACCAAUCGGUUUAGCUGCAAAUAUUCUACACCCUGUUUACAGAGGUAACAUUUUUGCUCAAAAUGCUGAAUACGAGGGCAUGGCGAAUAAUUUCUUGAAAGAAAACUUAAAAGACGGUGGAUUGAAAGAUUUAAAAUCGUAUCUAAAUAAUACAGGGAUUUUUGAAUCUUUAAAUAAAAAGAGUUUAAAAAAUCCGCAAACUUUUUGGGAUUUGGCACAAGACGAUCAUCCUGAAUUAGCUAAAUUUAGUAAAAAAUUACUAAAUAUACCAAGUUCCUCUGCCGCAUUAGAAAGAUUAUUUUCUCAGUGGUCUUAUGUUCAUAAUAAAUUAAGAAAUAGGUUAAAUAUUGAAACAUCAAAAAAAUUAAUCUACCUUUAUUAUACGUUUAGAAUAAAUGAUCAUCAAGACAAUUAUGAUGAUUAUUAA